CAGGACAACACUUGACACGACAACCCUUCACCAAAUUUGUCGCCAUGGAGAAAGACUCGGAGACACCAUGGCGAUGCCUUUUAGCCAUACUGGCCGUGCUGCUAACAGCUGCACUGCGCCGGCGAUGGGCAAAUCUUCCUGCGCCUUCUUCAGCGAUGCUGGGUGGUGGUCUACUCAUGCUCCUCACUGCGGUGUUGGCCACGGUGAAUCGGGUCUUUUAUAAAGUGGCGCUCGUGCCCUUGGGUGACUACGUCUUCUUCUUGGCGCAGUUUACCACCUUCGGCUACGUCUUUGUCUACUGGAGCGCCUUCCUCUUCAACCGCAGCCGAGGCGCCAUCUCAGAUGGGCAGCUGUCCUUUGCUGGACGUCGAUGGCAGACCUUCGCUUGGAUUGGUGCUCUUGAAGCUGGCUCCGUGCUGCUGGGGAUGCUGAGCGCCAAGUCCUUGCCAGGCGAAAUUCUGCCUGUGCUGUCGAAGCUUUUCUUGGUCUUCCAAAUGGCCUUUUCCAAAAUGCUGCUUAAGCGAAGAUAUUCUCAAAGCCAGCUGUCAGGCUGCGCCCUUUGCGUCCUGGGUGUGGUUGCCUCUGCAGGCAGUAGUCUCAGACUGCGGAGCUUCGAUGCAUCUCCGGCUGUGCUCUUCAUCCUCUCACUGGCCUUGCCUGCUUUGGCAUCAGUGUUAAAGGAGAAGCUAUUCGCCGAUGCCCGCGCGACCUUGAGUGAAGAGCUCAAUGUCUUUGUGGUGAACACUUUGGGCUCCAGCUGUCAGGCAGUCUGUGUGCUGCUCCUUUUGCCCGUCUUGGCCGAGCUCCAGGGUGUCGGGGACAUCCGGGAGUACCUGGAGGAGGGCGCCAGUGCCUUUCUGUCUGCGCCGAUCUGGCCCUGCUUCUACCUCGCCGUCAACCUCUUCUUCAACGUGAGUGUCCUGAUCUUGUUGCGGACCACCUCCGCGGUCUCGGUCUCCUUGGCCAUGGCUUUGGCCGUGCCCAUCACCGCUUUGGUCUUCGCCAGUUGGGAUGUGCCCCUGGUGGGCCAAGGCCAACCGUUGGAUAGGUUCUUUGGCCUUGGAUUGCUUUUGAUCCUUGGUGGCUUGAGCUUGUACCAUGGUUGGCUGAAAGGCACAGCCAAGACAUCCAAAGUCUGAGCCGGCUUCAUCACAGGGCGGAUCUCACCGAUCGGAUCUGCCUCCGUUUGACAAACUCUUAUGUUUACUGCCUCAACAUCAGUUGAUGAUGCAUGAAGAAAGUUGGAUCAAACGAGC